AUGACAGGCAUAAAUCUGUCAAAAGAGGAGGUCGGUCGUAAAAGCGCUGGAAAUUCCGCUAUUGCGUUCUCAUGGGAUGUCAUUGGCUUGUCUAAGCAAAUCAAGCUCAAGCAGUUUCGUCAAAACAAGCGUCCAAUGGAGAAAGACAAUUUAAGUGCAGAGCUAGAUCAGGUGUCGAGUGUAAAUGUUGGGUGA